AUGCCCGCGCAGCAGCAGCAGCAGCAGCAGCAGCAGCAACAGCAGGAGCAACAGCAGCAACAGCAGGAGCAGCAGCAGCAACAACAGCAACAACAGCAGCAGCAGCAGCAGCUGCUGCUGCAGCUCGUCUCUUCUGUCUCUAACUCAGUCUCUAGGCAUCAAAGCAGCAAAAAUGAAGCAGAGAAAUCCGACUCUCUAUUACAAGGCCUCGACUCGUCUUGCAAUGAGGCGAGCGCCGGUGUAGAGGAUGAGGUGUACGGACAGUAUGCGUGGGAGAGAGAAGUUGAUCGCUCAUGGGAGUGUCUCGUAGAGACAGAGGGACAGCUGCGGCUGGUAGGAGCAGCAGAAGGAGAAAGCGAAGAAAAACAAACAACUCCUCGAGUACCCCACAUCAAAAGAGCCUUACUGAGGAGUUUAGUGAUUGUGAUUGAUGCAACGGAUGGCAUGCGGGAAACCGACUUUAAGCCAGACCGUCUGACUUGCGCCACGCAGAUGCUUGAGGAGUUUCUUGCUUCAUUUUUGCUGCAAAAUCCUCUCGCUCGCAUUGCGUUGGUAUAUAUGGCGGAGGCUACAGCGGAGGUGUUGUGCCCUGCUGCAGCAGCAGCAGCAGCAGCAGCAGCAGACUCUUCUUCUUUGGGGCUGUCGAGCUCAAUUAGUAACUUUGGUUUACUUGCACAAGGCACCUCCAGCUACUUUAGCAGCAAUGUAGAGGAGCUCAGAGCGCGCGCACUGCUGGGUGCUGUACCCCCUUACUGCACGCGGGAGGUGUUGGUAGUCUUCGGCUCCAUUCGCACUUGUGAUGUGGGGAGCAUAGAGGAUUCAAUUGGAGAGUUAAAAAGCAUCAAGGCUCGCUGCUCUGUUGUUAGUCUCUCACCGGAGGUGCGGAUUGUAAAGGUUAUUUCGAGCUGCCGGGGGCCCCCCCUAUGA